AUGCUCACAUACAGAGGCUUCUCUGCAUGGAUCGCAUGCGAAGGCCAGCCCCUCCCCGAGUACCUCGUCGCGGUCGAAGAAGACGUGCGCCAAGUCUCGUGCUGGAUUCCGAGUGAGGAGGGGAAGUCCUUCGCCGUCUUCUGGCGCGACAACACCGACCCCGCACCCGCACCCGCCGCUCAGUCCACACAGCCUGCACAACCCGAACAACCCGCGCACCCCAUCGACUCAUGCGGCUUCAUCACGCUCGACGGCCUCGUCGUCCCCGGGCGCUUCCUCUUCGGCUCGGGCACCGCGUCCAGGGCGGGCGUGCGCUCGGGCCCGAAUACGGAGAAGCCGUUCGUGUUUCUGAGGGUGGCGGAGGAGGAGGGAGAUGGAGGAGGUGGUGGUGUAGACGCGUCUUCCUCUUCAAAGUCCAAGAAGGAUUUGGGAACGAUCAUUCUGCGCAUCAGGCGCGUGCUGCGCGUCGAGGGGUGCCCCGCGAACCCCAUCAAGGCGGUGCCGAGCAAGGUGCUCGGGAAGAGGAAGACGGGCGAUGUGGGUAUCGGAUUUGGCGACGACGUGCCGGCGUACUACCAGAGCCCGGCGACGUGGGAGGUGCAGCCCUACCCCGAAGACGCGCAUCUGGGCGCGGGGAGCUAUGUGACGUUCGUGUUCCGCUAUCGGUCUGCUGAAUUCCUCGAGUCGCAGGGUAUAAUGCCCUCCCCGCGCGCGCAGCCCCAGCCCCUCGCCAGCGCCAGCGCCGCGGGCUCAGGUUCAGGUUCAAGCCACUACCGAACCAGAUCCUCAUCCGCCAAAUCCUCGUCCACUGCUAAAGCAAAGGGUAAGGGCAAGGGCAAGGCGGAAGGGGGAGACGGGGGCGGGGGGACGGGGCUGGAGACGCCUGCGAUGACGCCGCUGCCGAUUCCUGUGCGGUCUCUGCCUCCUCCAACUGCACAGCAAGAGGCAUCGGGCGCGCUGCCUGUUUAUCCGCCUGUUUAUCCUCCUGUUUAUCCUCCACUUUCUGAGGUGCUGUCGCAGCAAUUGGCACAGCAACAGGGAGGGACCGCGCUUGUAGAGGCAUCGGCGGGCAGUGCAGAGGCGUCGGCGUCGACGAUGCCUGUACCCGGUCCGCCUAUGACGCCUAUGACGCCCUCCCCGUCCGCAACUCCUGCUAAUGCUGAUGCAACUCCUACCGAUGCAACGACGGGUGACACGACGACACUAAGGACUGGCGGUGGUGCGCCUGCGGUUAAUGCUAUGAGGAGGAUCGUCAGUGCGCCGAUUGUUCCCACUCAGCAACAGCUGCAACUUCAAGAACAAAGACUCCAAGGACAAAGCGAGCUAGAGAGAGAACGCGAGGGAGAACACGAACAUGAACACGAGUCAGAAGUCCAGCACGGACGCCAACGGCAGGAAGAGACGUCUUCGGGAGCUGCGGGUGUUAGUGUGUCUCCGCCCAGGAAGAGGCUGAAGCAGAGUGAUUUCUUGGCUAAUGGACCGUAUCGGAUGCGCCGGCCCUCUGAUAUGAAACGCUCGAUGAGCUGGAGGGCGCCGAAUUCAAAGCCGUCGUCGUCCUCUACAACCACCUCUACCUCUGCCACAUCCAUUCCCUCGACUUCCACCGCUGCCUCUGCAAUCACUACCGCGUCUUCAUCGAACGACAACGCGAAUGGUAGCGUCAACAUCGCGUUUAACAAUCCGUUCACGAGUGCCCCCCUUACACGGUCGAUUUCGAAUCCUCAUCCACACCCGCAGCUUAAUCCGCGAGCUCAACUUAAUCCUCAAGGGCAGUCGCAGUCGCGGUCCCACACAAAUGAGCACGCGGACGCUGUUGGUCUCGGGCCGACGCAGGUACCUCCUCACUCUCAACCACAACCGAAUAAUCACUCCCACCCCCACACUCAACAACCACAAUCCCCAGCCCAGGCCCCGCACUACCGCUCUCAGCAGCAAACGCUCGCGCAAGCGCGAGUGCAGUGCCGCCAUCUCCCGUACCGCCGCCCCUCGAUAAACACGACGCGCGCCCUGCAACAGAAGCGGCAGCAGAGGCAGAUGCAGAUGCAGGCAUCAGCGCGCCCCCCGCCCCCGUCGUCGUCGUCCCCGUUCUCGUCGUCGCCCGAGACGCCGGUUGCGGAGGAGUUUGGGCGCGCGGGCGAGGCGUCGGUUGAUGCGAGUCCGGUUCUGGGAGGCGGUGGUGGGCGUGGAGGAGGGAUUGGCGUUGGUGGUGUUGAGAGUGGAGAUGGGGGUGGAGAUGGAGAUGGGGGUGUGGAGGCGAAGAGAAGGGGAAGUCGACGGAUCGUGUAUGAGGACUUGGGCGGCAUUGGCCCGCGCGACUUUGGGUUGGACGACGUCGGAGGUGAAAGCGAUGGUGGAGGCGAAGGCAGCGCGUCGAGCUCGCAGGAAAGCGCGCUCGGGCUCGGACUCGGGCUCGGGAUGGGGAUGGGGAAUGGGCUGGGUCUUUCGUCGUUUGAGGGAGAUCAGUUUGGGGGGUAUGAUUUUGCGGGAUUUGGAGGGUUCGGUGGGUUCGGGGGUGGUGGUGGUGGUGGUGGUGGUGGUGGUGGGGAGGAUGUUGGAGGGGGUGCGGGUGGGAUGGGUGCGGGGUUGGGGUUGGGGUUGGAGGGUGCUGAUCCGUAUGGCGGGUUUUUCCAGAGUGGGUAUUAG